AUGAUGUUAUCCGAUGUUUCCGAGUCAGUGAAAGCGAGCGGUGAAGCUACGGUUCCCUCCGUUCUGUUCCGUGAAACAGAAGUUCUCUCUGCGGCCUCCUCCGGUCCGAGCAAGUCAAUCGGCAAAACCGGUGUUUCUGCCGGCCUCAACAUCGGCGCUAAGUACAAAGCCUCUGUCUCUUCCCGCGAUAAAGGCAAGGCUAUCGUUGGGAAGGCGAUUACCUUCAGAGACGUGACGUUCGGGCCAUAUGACGGCAAGAUACAGUUUCGUCUGAUCCACUUUUGGGAGGCUUGGAAUGUUCAGAUGAAGGUGCUUAUUGGCCUCGAGAUGAUCCUCAUCGAUGAAGAGGAAAAUGUUAUCCAGGGUUUCAUCCCUAAUGGAAGGAUUGAGACUUACUUGCGUCACAUGAAGGCCGGUGGUACUUACCGACUCAACAAGUUUUUUGGAUCAAAGAGCAAGCCUAUUUAUCGGGUAGCUGAACCAGAUGUCACCAUUAGCUUCUCAUGGAACUCUGUCCUCUAUAAUCUCGAGGACAGUUCCAUUAACUUCCCUGAGGAUCGGUUCCGGAUCCAUGGUUACAGAGAAUUCGAGGCUGCCUCUGAUCAAAGAGGUGAUCUUUAUGAUUAUAUAGGCAAUAUCAAACUUGUGAAUGGGCAGGUUCUCAGUGACGGUCCUCUUCUUGAUGAAACAGAGAUAGCUGCAUCCCGCCGAGUUGAAUUUCAUGUUCAAACACAUGACGACCCCGUUCUGAAGUUGUACCUCUGGGACAAGGCUGCCUUCCAGUUCUGUGAGAAGUUCAAGGCGUCUGUAGGCACUGCCCGUGUUAUCUUAGUGACCACCUUAAACCCGAAACGGUUUGGAGGAGUCCUCUCUCUAUCUUCUAUGGCGUCUUCACGGUUCAGUUAUUACGAUAUCAUAAUUUCUGAUUUGACUUUUUCCACUAAGCUGGACUCGAACUUAGAUGUUGCCAACAGGGCAGCCGCUAAGGUUGCUUGGUUUGAGUGCGCAGCAACUAUUGAUGAUGUUGUGCACGGUUCUGAGUGGUAUUAUAUAGGCUGCGGUGUGUGCCAUACCAAGGCGACCAAGGGACCUACAACCCUUAUGUGUAAGAAAUGUGGGAAGAAUGAGAUUGAUGGUGUGGCGCAGUACCUGUCUAAACUCUCUGUUUAUGACCAGAAGGAUCAAGCCGUAUUUGUUGUUCUUGGGGAUGCUGGUGAGGAGUUGACUGGAAAGAAAGCUGCUGAGUUAGUUGAAAGAUACUAUCAGGCCAAUGAGGAUGUGGGAGAGGAUCACAUAGUUCUAGUGCCUCAAGCCAUGAUUGAUACCAUCGGGCAAACAAGGAAGUUCAUUGUGAAGGUAUCAGAUCACAAUUUGAAUGGCAAAUCCCAGACUUUAACUGUGACAAAGGUGUCCUCUCGAAGCCCCAGAACCCGUGGUCGAGACAGGAGAGAACGUUGA